AUGAUCAAACAGAUUUCUCGUUCGAUUCCGAAAUUAUAUUUUUCUUCAUCAGCAACUCAAUUAAAAUCUCCCAAUCAUAAUUAUGUUCCAUCUCAUCAAAAACCAUCAACAGAUGAUAUUGAUAAAUUUCAAAAAUUUAUAUCUAAUUCACAACGAUUAUUUAUUAUAACUGGUGCUGGUAUUUCCACUGAAUCAGGCAUACCAGAUUAUAGAUCAGAAGGUGUUGGACUUUAUGCACGAACUACAAAUCGUCCUAUGAUGUAUCAAGAAUUUUUAACAAAUGCAAAAAGAUAUAAAAUGUAUUGGGCUAGAAAUUAUAUUGGUUGGCCAACAUUUUCUUCUUUUCAACCCAAUGAAACUCAUAAGAUAUUUGCUGCAUGGGAAGUAAAAAGAAAAGUAUUUUGGCAUGUUACACAAAAUGUAGAUAGUCUAUUGACAAAAGCCGGUUGUGAACUGCUAAGUGAAUUACAUGGUUGUAGUGCAAGAGUUGUUUGUGUUGAUUGUGGUUAUAAAAGUCUAACACGUGAAGAAUUACAAGAAAUUAUUUUAAAGCAAAAUCCGAACUGGACAGCACAAUCCAAUACUAUAAAUCUAGAUGCUGAUGCUCAUUUAAAUGAAGAGCAGCUAGGUGAUUUAAAAAACCGAGUGAAACUAGAUGUAACAAUUUUCGGUGAUAAUGUCGAUCGUCGUUUAGUUGAUUUUCUAAAAGAGCAAUUAAGCAAAAGUGAUUCUGUUCUUGUUGCUGGUUCAUCACUAGAAGUUAUGUCUUCAUAUCGUUUUAUUCUUGUUGCACAACAAUUAAAAAUGCUGAUUGCUAUUUUUAAUAUUGGUCGAACACGUGGCGAUCAUGCAGCUCAAUUGAAAAUCUCUACUCGUUGUGGUUCAAUAUUACCUCUUUUACAAAUCAAUUCAUAA